GCUCCGAGGACCCGCCGAGCCUCGACCCACCUCCUCGGGACCCAAGGGUCCCCCGGCGGCCGCCUCGCCCACCCUUACGGGGGUGGGGGGCUGAGCCGGGGAAGGGAAGCGUAGGUGGCGGCAGCAACAGCAGCGGCGGCGGCGGCGGCAGAGCGGGGAUCCCACCUCCCGCGAGGCGGCCCCAGAGACGGCGAGAGGCGCGCCGUGAGGAUGGUCUAACCCGCUGUCGGCGCACCCCCCGCAGCUCGAGGGGAGGCCCGGACACUUGUUAGGCGCCCCGCACCCCCGUCCUCCGCCUCCUUCGCCGGGAGAGCCGACAUCCCGCGCCCGCCCCGGGCCCGCCCGCCUCUCCUGCCGCCCCUCCGCCCGUCCAUCCCGGCCAGGACCGGCCAAGCCUCCGCGCCGCCCGGCACCAUGAGUGAACAGAGUAUCUGCCAAGCACGAGCUGCAGUGAUGGUCUAUGAUGAUGCCAAUAAGAAAUGGGUGCCGGCUGGUGGCUCAACCGGAUUUAGCAGAGUUCACAUAUAUCACCAUACAGGCAACAACACAUUCAGAGUUGUGGGCAGAAAGAUUCAAGAUCAUCAGGUGGUGAUAAAUUGUGCCAUUCCUAAGGGAUUGAAGUACAAUCAAGCUACCCAGACCUUUCACCAGUGGCGAGAUGCUAGACAAGUGUAUGGUCUCAAUUUUGGCAGCAAAGAGGAUGCCAAUGUCUUCGCAAGUGCCAUGAUGCAUGCUUUAGAGGUGUUAAAUUCACAGGAAACCGCCCAGAGCAAGGUUACUGCUACCCAGGACAGCACUAAUUUGCGAUGUAUUUUCUGUGUGUUCUAUUUAGGUCCAACCUUGCCUCGACAAAAUUCGCAACUUCCUACUCAAGUGCAAAAUGGGCCAUCACAAGAAGAAUUGGAAAUACAACGAAGGCAGCUGCAGGAGCAGCAACGGCAGAAGGAACUGGAACGCGAAAGGCUGGAGCGUGAAAGAAUGGAACGGGAGAGGUUGGAGAGAGAGAGGUUAGAAAGGGAAAGGCUUGAGAGGGAGCGACUAGAACAAGAACAGCUGGAGAGAGAAAGGCAAGAGAGAGAGAGACAAGAACGCCUAGAACGGGAAAGGCAAGAACGGGAGAGACUUGAACGAGAAAGGCUAGAAAGAGAACGACAAGAACAGUUGGAAAGAGAACAACUGGAAUGGGAAAGAGAGAGAAGAAUAUCAAAUGCUGCUCCAUCUUUCGACAACUCCCUGUAUAGUGCUCCACUUCCCGACUAUUCCAGUUGCCAGCCUCCUUCAGCACCUCCUCCAUCAUAUUCUAAAGUCAUCUCUGCUCCCGUGUCAGAUGGCACUCCAGAUUAUGCUGUAGGGACCUCUGUAACGCCUACUUCCACACCCCCUACACCUCCACUACGUCACUCAGCGACCCGUUUCGCAACAUCUCUAGGUUCAGCCUUCCACCCCGUUCUCCCCCAUUAUGCUACAGUUCCUCGUCCUCUGAACAAAAACUCUCGACCUUCUUCUCCCGUGAAUGCGCCCCCUUCUCAGCCUCCAGCUACAAAGCCCUUUGCCUGGUCUGCUUCCAACUUUGCACCUCUCCCUCCAUCACCUCCAGUAAUGAUUAGCAGCCCUCCAGGCAAAGCCACUGGUCCAAGACCUGUCCUUCCUGUUUCUGCUUCUAACCCGUUGCCCCAAAAGUCUCCAUCACCCACAGCACCCAAUGGGCUUCCUGACUCGGCAAAUUAUCCAGUUCCUUCACCGUCUACCUCAGGUCCAGCAGCUCCACCUCCGCCACCACCUCCUCCUCCUCCGCCGCCGCCACCUCCACUGCCUUCCUUUCCACCACUCUCACACUCUGGACCUCAAGCUUCUCCUCCUCCUCCAAGCAUCCCUAUUGCCUCAACUCCCUCAUCCAAGCCUAGUGUUCUCCCUUCUCCCUCUGCAGCUACCCCUGCCUCUGUUGAGACCUCUCUAAGCUCUGGGCUGGGAGACUCCUCUGCUUCUGAGCCAGGCUUGCAGGCAGCCUCUCAGCCGAUCGAACCUCCGACCCAGCAGGGUGUUGCUUUGGGGCCACCUGCACCUCCACCCCCUCCACCUCUUCCUCCUGGUCCAUCCCAAGUUUCAACAGCCGUCCCACCUCCCCCAGGGCCACCUCCACCCCCACCCCUUCCAUGCUCAGGGCCACCGCCGCCUCCACCUCCUCCUCCUCCUCCCCCUCCACCACCUCCCCUCCCCAGUCAAUUACCUAUUCCCGCUCCUCCUCCACCACCUCCUGCUCCUCCUCUCCCUGCUUCUGGAUUUUCUAUGGGAUCUAUGUCCGAAGACAAUCGCCCCUUAACUGGACUUGCAGCUGCAAUUGCUGGAGCCAAACUUAGGAAAGUCUCACGGAUUGAAGACUCCUCAGUUCCAAGUGGCGGAAGUGCCACUGGAGGAAGCUCAGCGGCAUCUAAAGCAGACACCGGUCGUGGAAAUGGACCACUUCCCUUAGGAGGUAGUGGAUUAAUGGAGGAGAUGAGUGCCCUGCUGGCCAGGAGGAGAAGAAUUGCUGAAAAGGGAUCAUCUAUAGAACCAGAACAAAAAGAUGAUAAAACUGAAGAUUCAGAACCAUCUACUUCUAAGACCUCUUCAACAAGCACACCUGAACCAACAAGAAAACCUUGGGAAAGAACUAAUACGAUGAAUGGCAGCAAGUCACCUGUUAUUUCCAGACGGGAUUCUCCAAGGAAAAAUCAGAUUGUUUUUGACAACAGGUCCUUUGAUUCAUUACACAGACCAAAAUCUACACCAUCUGGGCAACCCAGUGCCAAUGGAGUGCAAUCAGAAGGCAUAGACUACGACAGAUUGAAGCAGGAUAUUUUAGAUGAAAUGAGAAAAGAAUUGACAAAACUAAAAGAAGAACUCAUUGAUGCAAUCAGGCAGGAACUGAGCAAGUCGAAUACUGCAUAGAAAGACUAAAACUAAGAAGAUGUGACUUUGACCGGAUAAAAAACCAACAAUGUUUUGUGAGGAAAUGGGAGCUAGAGACUUUGAAGGAGGGAAAAUCAACAUAUUCUGAAAACCUUCAGACACAUCACUUGGGUGAUAUGCUAUUUCCCUCCUAGUUUGCUGCUUUUUUCUGACCUUUACAGCAGGGUGGAAAAGAGUCUUAAAAGUUACUGUAAUGAUUAUGCAGAAAAUCCUACAACUGUCAGAUGAGAUCACAGUGCAUUGAAUGUUCUCAUGUCCAAGAUAAAAUUGCACAUUUUUCCAAAUUCAUUGUUAAAACAAAAAGGAGAAAAGCUUAAGAAGGCUUUUCAGAGAGGUUUUCAGAGUUAAUGAAGGAUUUAGCAAGUUAACUGUUGUACUGCAAAUGUAUCUCAGGUUUGUCUUCCUAUCAUACUGGAGAUUCUGUGAGUAAUGGUUAGGCAUGUAUAGAUAUGGAUCAAAAGAUGGAACAAAUGGAGCUGUGUGUGCUUUAAAGGGCAGUAUUUGUAAGAAAGUAAUCUAGAAAUGACUUAUCCAACUUUGGAAAUUUUAUGAUGAUAGGAAGCCUCUCUAGUUAGCCUUCAUGCAAUUUCAUAGAUUAAUAGCAGCAGAUUCAGUCCACAGUUUAAAGAUGUAGAUGCCUUCCCAGAUUGUUACAAUGCUUUACCAAAUCGAAGACUUUGACAUAUUACAAAUCAGUGGUCAAAUGUAAACCAUUAGUAUGUUGUAGAUUUAUGGUAUAGGUUUUCAGGCUUUUUUUAGAUUUCUGCAUGUGGACAUUUUUGUAAUGUAACUCAACCAUGGCGGAAAUAGCUUUUUUCAAUUACAAAAAGGCAAUGCAUGUCACACAAGUAUUAAGUAGCCUUUUCAUUUUAAGGCUUGACACCCGGGGGAAAAAAUAUUUUGUAUGGAGGGUGGGGGAAGGAGGGAAUUAUUUUUCAUUUAAAAUUGAUUCAUAUCUGCACUCUUUUUUUCUCAAACAUUACCUGCAUGUAUAAUGAUGUGGACAUUUGUGACAUGUUAAUAGAACCAUUUGCUUAAUGUUUUAUAUGAUUUCUUUAGUUAUUUGUGUUUAAUCUCAGUAAUGUUUCAACGUGGUUCUGAAAUUCCUCUCUUAAAUAUCACAUGAUCUAUACCUUGGACUUUAA